AUGACUCUGGUCUCAUCUCAAUUGGUACCGUCUUUUCAGCUGGUGCACGCCCAUGUCGUUGAGAUUGAGAAAGCAGGCCAUCCUUGCGAUGAGUAUACGGACAUAUCGAGAACUUUCAAUUACUUCAAUGGUCGACAAUCAAGUCCGCUUAAGCCAAGGUGGAUUGACAAGUGGCCUGAUAAGGCUUUGCCAGGCAAGACGAAUGAAGCGUCGAUCAUAAAGCUUGGAAAUGCAGCCAGUAGAAAAAACUACUUUCUACGGAUUACCUAUGUGGCACAAAUCGAUGUCAUGUUCCCGCUGUGUCUUAUACGCGGAAGCAGCUCAGCUUUUGAAGACACGUUAGACGAGAUGGCCACAGAGAUUGGUUGA